AUGAACACAGGCACAUUUAGGGUUUUUGUCCGCAGGGACCCCCAAUUCUGGAGAGCACAGGCCAAGCAUUCAUCUCCGCACAGCGGGCGUCGCGCGUGUCACAGCGCUGAGCUGUACACAUACAAAGUCGCAACUCUGCACAGAAGGCCUCUCUGGGCAGGCUGUCGAUUCGCCAGUUGUUUUUUGUGUGCUGCAGACCUGAAAACCCAGGUUUCUCUCCAGGAAGCCAUUCUGUUCAUUUUCCGGUCGACGUCACUGCAAAUUUUCCCGCAGAAGGGCCAGGAGAGGGCGAACUGUUUUUCAGCGCCUUCGUCUGCUUCGUGUUUAGGGAUCGCUUGUCGCCACCGCCUUUUUUCGACAGUUUUUUCCUCCCGGUCUCUGUUCGCUCUCGCCUGA